GAUAGAGAUGGGGGGAAGAGCGAACACCAUGUGGUUGUGGACGAUUCUCAGGACUCGGUGAGCCCGGCCGUCAACGGAACCACGUCACCGCGAGAGAAUGGAGUCGCCAAGAAGACCCCGCCCCUAGGCUCUGUCAGUCCGCGGAGCUCCGGAAGCUCGUCGUCAACGCCGCAGGCCCGGAAGGAGGAGAAGCCCGCCACGCCCAACUCCAAGACGCCCACGCCCACGUCCUCGGGCGCCAGCUCAGUCAAGCCCGUGGGCAAGGCAGCCCCCCUCCCCGGGGUAGCCUCCUACCCCCCCGGCUACGCUCUACCUGAGGCCGCAGCCGCCGCCGCCGCCGCCGCUGCCGCCGCCGCCGGAUCCGCUGCGCCCUACCCGUACCCGAGGCCGCCCGCACACCCGCAGGCUGCCCCGCCCUCGUCCCUGGACAUGCACGUGCGAACGUCCUCCCUGCACGCCCUCCAGGGCGGCAAGCCGGCGUACAGCUUCCAUGUGAGCGGCGAGGGCCAGCUGGCGCCGGUGCCCUUCCCGCCCGACGCGCUGUUGGCCCCGGGCAUUCCUCGGCACGCGCGGCAGAUCAACACGCUGCACCACGGCGAGGUGGUGUGCGCCGUCACCAUCAGCAACCCCACCAAGUACGUGUACACGGGCGGCAAAGGCUGCGUCAAGGUGUGGGACAUCAGCCAGCCCGGGUCCAAGACGCCCGUGUCGCAACUCGACUGCCUACAACGUGACAGCUACAUCCGGUCGGUGAAGCUGUUGCCCGACGGCCGGACCCUGCUGGUGGGCGGCGAGGCGUCCACCCUCAGCAUCUGGGACCUGGCCACGCCCACGCCCCGGAUCAAGGCGGAGCUCACCUCCGCCGCCCCCGCGUGCUACGCCCUGGCCAUCAGCCCCGACUCGAAGGUGUGCUUCAGCUGCUGCAGCGACGGCAACAUCGCGGUGUGGGACCUGCACAACCAGACGCUGGUGCAGCAGGGCCACACGGACGGCGCCUCCUGCAUCGACAUCUCGCCCGACGGCACCAAGCUGUGGACGGGCGGCCUGGACAACACCGUGCGGUCGUGGGACCUGCGCGAGGGGCGCCAGCUGCAGCAGCACGACUUCACCAGCCAGAUCUUCUCGCUGGGCUUCUGCCCGACCGGCGACUGGCUGGCCGUGGGCAUGGAGAGCUCCAACGUGGAGGUGCUGCACGUGAACAAGCCCGACAAGUACCAGCUGCACCUGCACGAGUCCUGCGUGCUCUCCCUCAAGUUCGCCUCGGCCGGCAAGUGGUUCGUGUCCACGGGCAAGGACAACCUGCUCAACGCGUGGCGCACGCCCUACGGCGCGUCCAUCUUCCAGUCGAAGGAGUCCUCGUCGGUGCUGAGCUGCGACAUCUCGUCCGACGACAAGUACAUCGUGACGGGCUCGGGCGACAAGAAGGCCACCGUCUACGAGGUCAUCUACUAGACCCGUGCCGCCGCCGCGCCCCGCCGCCGCAGCCCCGCCGCCGCAGCCGGGGCGACAGGCGACCCACCUUUGCCCUGCUCAAGCGGGAGACCAGAGCUCCCCCCCCCCUCCGCUACCACGCUAAGGAGAAUUCGGCCCCCCCUGCCC